UCUGACGGCCUUGAUUUCAAGCUCCUGCCGGACAGGACCCACGCAGGCACAUGCCCCCGGCACUCGGCACACCUCCACGGCGCCGGCCCCGCGGAAGCCUCCCUCUCCAGCAUGAAGCCUGCGCCCCCGGCCGCCCUGGUCCUUGGCCUGGUCUUCGCCUCCUUCCAAUCGGCUUGCUUGGCAGCAAGCAGUGGCAACAACUCAACCUUGACCAACCACCACCCAGAUCCUGAGACUCUGGAACAGUGCCACAAUGUGGACUUCUGCCUAAAAGCAUCCCAGUGUUGCCACGCUGGAGUGGAUGAGUACGGCUGGAUCGCGGCCGCUGUUGGCUGGAGCCUCUGGUUUCUCACCCUCAUCCUGCUCUGUGUGGAUAAACUGACGAAGUUAACUCCAGAUGAGCCCAAGGACUUGCAAGCAUGAGGCGCAGAAUCAGAACCCCAAGAAUGUCAGCCACCACCCAGCUGUGGCUAACAGCAGGCACGGAGUAGUGCCACUGUGGUUUCUAGUAAAGUCAUUUUCACCUUUAAACUUCAGUCACUUCUUAAAGGGAAGGAAGACAGAAAGGGGC